AUGACCAGAACCAUCCAUAUGAACCUAAUUGUUGCUAUGGAUGAUUGUGGUGGAAUUGGACAAAAUGGUGGCUUACCGUGGGAUUUACCUGCGGAAAUGGCGCGAUUUUCUAAGCUGACUACAUUAACAACAAAUAGAAAGAAGAAAAAUGCUGUGAUAAUGGGUCGAAAAGUUUGGGAAAGUAUACCACCAAAAUUUAGGCCAUUGAAGGAUCGUUUCAAUAUUGUUCUCAGUAGAAAGAUGGAAGAAGUGACGGACAAGAAUUUAAUAGUGGCUCGAAGCUUUGAAAGUGCAGUCAGUUUGCUGCAAGAUAUGAAUAAUAUUGAGACGAUAUGGAACAUUGGUGGUGAAAAAGUGUAUGAAUUAGGGCUUAAUUCACCAUUUCUACAUCAGCUGUAUAUCACCCGUGUGGAGGGCGAUUUUUCGGCUGAUAUCUUCUUUCCUGAAGUUGACUACGAUCGCUUUAUAAAAAGUGUAGAGGGAGAGGUGCAGGAGGAAAAGGGUAUUAAAUAUCGGUAUGAAAUAUAUACUGUUAAAACAGAUACAGUUGCGUAA